CAAAAAUUUACAGUGCAAAAGUAUUACAAGAAUAAUGAAAUUUAAACAUGGUAGUUAAGUCAAAGAAAACCCCGAAAAUUCGCACAAAAUUCAGUAGAAAAACCAAAGUAAAUAAUUUCACCGAGAUUGAAGAAAUCAAAAGGCGAUACAACAAUACUAUUUACCCACGCAUAACCUCCCCUAAAAUCAACAAACGUCGACCGCUAGCGCGGAGGCCCAACGACCAACCCCCCAAAAUAAACAGAUUGAAAACAAUGAAACAAUCAUACAGCACCAUUCAGAAAGCCAAAAGGAAAUUGAAAAAAUACUCGAACAAAAAGCCCUCGCACACCAACGUAUCCUCUCCAUUGGACUCCAUCAAUUACCCAAUUAAUUUGUGCAAAAUGAGACGGCCCAACAACAACAACCCCCCGAUAGUUUCCCCGAGGAAGCCGUUUCAAAGUUACGAAUUGCUGUCGUUCAGACGCAACGCCUGGCGUAACAUCAACAUUUUACAUAACAAACCCCCAACGCCAUUGCGUUACAGAAACAAACCAGCUUCCCUCAUCAUCGAAAUCAAGCCAUUCAUACAAGACUCGCCCUGCAUGCCUAGGAAAUACUCCAAGCCUAAAAUGAAGCAAAUAAGGUAAAUCAAAUUUUAAGAGUUUUAAGUCUAUGUUGAUAAGUUAAAAUAAAAAUGCCCUCGUUAUGAAAGAAUGAGUUGUUAAUUGUUUUUAGUAGGUAUUCAUCCAUAUUAAAAAUGUUAAAAUUGGAAGUUAUUGGGGAAUAAUCUGGAAAUUCAAAACGCAGUGUACAUUCCGUUGGAUAUUUACCCACUUAUGUUUAGAAACGCGCCACGUUCGGUGCCCCGGAGGAUUCGGCUUGGGGUUAUAUUCGAAAAGUUUUAUUAAUGUGCCCUAUCCCCGACCAAAUUCCAAUAACUAAGGAAUUUAUAUUAAGUUUUACUUAAUUCUGGGCGAAUUCCUUGUUCUUUGGCUUCAUUCAUUCACUUACUCGUUUUUGCGCGUAAUUAAAUUUUUCUUUCGAUUGCUCAAAUGUCCUUUGAAUUGAAAAUGUGUCCCCUCACCUCGCGCUAGGUAAAUUCCUUCGAACAA